AUGAACGUCGGCGGCAGCGGCAUGGGUCGCCCUCAGGGCGCCGGACUCGACGACGCGGGCAGCCAAGUCGAGCCAGUCACUUACAUCUGUGGAGAAUGCGGAUGUGACGUCAUGCUCCAGCCCAAUGCGGCCGUGCGUUGCAGAAGCUGCGGCUCCCGCAUUCUCUACAAGAAGCGCUCUCGCAAGAUGAUGCAGUACGAAGCACGAUAG